UAUACUAUUAUCGUUCUCCUAAGCUCAUUAGAUUUACUCAUUCCUUGGCAAAUGCUGUUCUGUGUUUCGUUUCAGAUAUUCUCGACGCUGAUUGAUGAUCCUGCUUCUCCGGUGGUCGACUUGAAAUUCGUCAACCCUUGCAUGAUAUUGACAGGUUCAAAUACACGCCCACUCCUCAUUUGUACCCGAGGUGUAUUUUUGGGCACACCAUCCACCGGUACUUUGCUUCCUGACCCACAAUGCACCUACUCGACCUCCCACACGAAUUGCUCUCUCUUAUCGUCGACUUCAUGGACUGCAAAACCCUCCUCUCUCUCUGUCUUACAGAGAAGCACAUCCUUUACGGUAUUGCACAUCGACUUCUCCAACAGACCGUCACCGUCGUCUUUAACGCCACCACCCAGAAAUACUCCCCCAACAUAUUUUCCUUUGAUUUCCGGCGCCUCUCAGCUAUCACAUCCCUCUCUAUACACAUCACAGGACCCUUCGAUUUUCAUCUCGCAUCUGCAUCUUUUCCCCCGGUAUUCACGAGCAUGAUCAAUAUCAAACACGUUCAUGUGAGCGGCGGAUCGGGUCCAUUCAUUCGCAUGAUCCUCGAGAAUACCAUGGCAUCUCUCGUCACUCUAGAAUUGAACGGCUGUAGUGCGGAUCCACAGGACUUUAGUGAGAUGAUGCCCAUCACUAUUCGGAAGCUGUGUAUAUCGCGGUGCGAUCCUAAUGUGCGAUUCCUUCUGGGACCUCUCAGUGUUGAAGAAUUGGAAGUCCAUGGUCUAGGGAUGGAUGGCGAAUGCAUGUGUAUCGGCGUCACCUUACGGCGACUGACAGACGCCCAUCUCAAUACGCUCAAAAGAAUAUGUCUUGUUAAUAUAUGCAGGGAUGCGGGAUGCCGUGAUGUCCUGCAUUUGAUGCGCGUUUUGGAGACCCGCUCGGACAGUUUCUCAUCACUGAAGGGGCUCGUUUUAGAUUUCCCACUUCCUGAAGAUAUCAUUCCAAAGCUCAUCAAGGCGAUGUCUGCCUUUCCCGUCCUUAAGGUCUUUCGCAUCGUCUCCUGUACGUUUGAGGACGGCGGAGCUAGUAAGGUUCUCCCGUUUUGAAUAUAGAGCGGUACAACGAAGAAUUUGGACGCUCGAGGGUUUAUCACAUUGCGAGUAGGACGCGUCAUCGGAUUUGGUA